GCCGAAGGUAAGUGCAGAGCCACAUUCACGUCGCCAAACGCCGGACCUCUAAUCAGCACGACAUUUUGCUGAUUGCCCUUGACCGUGGCAAGGAAGAAUCUCAGAGGGAAAUCACCAAGCCAUCAAAAUGCCUACCGAAGCUGGUCAUAGACAUUCCUUCCAUAGGGGUCGCCACCUGAGCUACCAACGCUCCAGGCACGCCGUCCACUCCAAGACCUCUCUCAUCAAGAUUGAGGGCGUUGACGACACAAACGCUGCCAACUUCUACCUUGGCAAGAAGGUUGCGUAUGUCUACCGUGGUCAGAAGGAGGUUCGCGGCACCAAGAUCCGCGUUAUCUGGGGCAAGGUCACCAGACCACAUGGCAACUCCGGCGUCGUCCGCGCCAAGUUCCAGACCCCUCUCCCCGCUAAGUCUUUCGGCGCCUCGGUUCGCAUCAUGCUCUACCCCUCCACCAUCUAAAUAGAGAUGGGGGAGAAUGGGCUGGGCAGGAGUUGGUCGGUAACGGGUGGUUCAUGAUUUCGGUGCAUAUGGAAUUAGACAGGGACUUGACGAAAUCAACAACGGACGGCCUUGCUUUCUAGCAUUAAAAUCAGGGCAAUCGCAAAAAAUGACAAAUGCCAUUUGAGGAUCCGCAACAUCUGGGGUGCAAAGGGAUUUCAGUGCUUUGGGUGCGUUGCGGGAUGGGACACAAAAUCGGCAGUUCAGGGGCGGCACUUGACAAGAGUCUUGCCUUGUCAAAAAUACAACAUUAAUGGCCAGCCUGGGGCUGAGAAGAAUCAACAGGUCUUUCCAGACGACGACAAUUGUGGCUUGGAUGCUCGGUUGGUUGUGAGCUGGGAAUGGGGGGGGCUAUUCUUGCCCGGGAUCUGGCCACGAGGUUGUGUUUUUAUUUUUUUGGGAAGGGCCUUGGGUCAGACAGCAGUUAUCAGAACCACUCAGUCUUCCAUUUUCUCAAUUCGUUCUCAAUAUGGAUUCUUGAUUCUUGUGUGUUGUGGCAUGUUGCUAACCAGUGUUGGACAGAGCUUAUCCAAGGGACAGAGCUUAUCCAAGGGGCAGAACUCAUCCAAGGGGUAG